AUGCUGACAAAGCGCACUUGCGUAGCCGUAACCGUGGCCGCCGCGCUGCUCUAUGCCUUCGCGGUUGCGGGCGAGGUCGUUCCGCGGUACGUUCAGCUGGACUCGUUACUCUUAAGACUGACGUCCCUGCCGGCGCAGACAUCUGUGACUCCACAGACGGAUGUGCCGAAAUCAAUAUCCUUGCCGGCGGCGUCUUUGGAGCCGCCACAUGCACUGCCUCCGGCCCCUGCGGAAGUUCAGCAGCAUGCCGCCGAUCCGGCGCAGCCUGCCCCUGCGUCGGACGAGCCGCUCUUCACGAAUGCCCCGCAGCAGGUGGAGCCACCAGAGACCACCUACGUGGUGGCUCCCAGCGACAUCAGCGCGAGGCUGGCCAGCUUGUUCCAAGUUUGCGGUCUCUGCUCCGACGGUAAGCAGCCGAAGCGGUUCGGUAAGGGCGGAUAUGCCAUCUGUGAGGAGUUGCUGGGGCAAGGAGUGACACCACCAAUCAAGCUUGCAGGGGACGCCGCCUGGAACAAGUUUGGUGCCGACCUCACCGUGCUGCACCCGGAGCUGUCCUUGCAAGUUCUCACCUGCAGUCCCUCCGCGACGCGCUGUCCACCAGAGAGGCCCGGCUGUGGGAUGUUCCGCACCGAAGGUGGCAUAGCUUGCACAAACGAAGAACUGCUUUCGUCGUAUCCCGUGCUGCUGGCAAAGAUCCCCGGCGGUCAAAACAAUUUCGUUGCAGUGGUAAAUCGUGGCCACUACAUCUGGAAGCAUCUCCUUGACACCCGACGAAUCUGGUCCAAUUAUCGCAUGAUGAUAUUGGAGCUACCGUGGCUGGAAGAACAGACGCACCAUCUGUACUAUCUUCGGGUAAUGGAAGUUCUUCUGCACGACUUCAAGCUGGUCCACGUAGAUGCAUCGACAUGCCACGGACGAUGGCAGAUCCGAUCAACAGAGGUCGGGAUGCCACGGGUGGUGCAGGCCACCUUCGUCCGCAAAGAUCUGGCUGUCGCACAAGCUUGCACUACCCAGCUGCACUGGGACUCUAGCGUUUGGGACUGCCCGGACCUGCCAAGGACGCCCCCCCAACCGUUGAGCUUGGUCGGGGCGCCUGUUCUGGGAGAGCCUCACUGGGGCGUCUUCCAAGUCUAUGCAUCACCCAUCGAUGGCUUCGAUGACGUCCUGGUACCUCACAGGAGUGUCUCGCUGGAGUUGCUGAAGAGAUUCCGGCUUUGUCACACCUGCGCGGCCGGCGACAGCGAUUUUGUUCGCAUCGGAGGCAAUAGAGACGGUGGCUAUCUCAUUUGCGGCCAGGCUGCUCGGGACUUGACCUUGGCCUUUUCCAUCGGAAUUCGUGGAAUGGACCCCUUCGGGGCGGCGCUGUCCGAAGAGUUUGGGCCCAGGGUGGAGGGUUUCGAUUGUACAGGGGAUCCUUACCGCUGCCCAGCGGCUCUGACAAAAUGCCGCUUUAACUUUAAUCCCCUCUGCCUCGGGAAGCCUUUUGGGGGCAAGCCCGCAUCGCAGUUCCUGAGCCUCUCCGAAAUCCUAGAUCGCUUUGCCGAGCCCUCGGAUGAGAUGUUGCUUAAGAUCGACUGUGAGGGCUGCGAGUGGAACGUGCUGCCCGAAAUCCCUUCCGAGGUUCUCAAGCGCUUUCGAAUGAUCGUCAUGGAAGCGCACUGGCUCGAGACGCAGCAGAAGCACCCCACAAUGCUGAAGGCCAUGGACCUCAUCCUGGAGAACUUCCACCUGGUGCACAGUCACGGCUGCAACCGCUUUGAUGUUUGGGCAGUGAAUGGCACGGACUACAAGAUGCCUCGAGUGGUGGAGCUGACGUUUGUUCGCAAGGACCUCGCUGUUCCUGCAGCUUGCGAAAACUCGAAGUAUCGCAACGGCCUCGACAAGCCUAUUUGUGGCUUCCGUGAGCUGAAUGCGAACCACUUCAGACUGCCAGCUGCAGACUCUGAAAGCAGGUGA